AUGGCCGCCUCUCCCCAGACCCAGCAGCCUCCCUCCGUUUUCCCCAAGAGCCAUGUCGGUUUCGACAGCAUCACCAACCAGAUUGAGAAGAAGCUGUUGAAGCGCGGCUUCCAGUUCAACAUCAUCUGCGUCGGCCAGACGGGUCUGGGCAAAUCCACCCUGAUCAACACCAUCUUCGCGUCGCACCUUAUCGACAGCAAGGGUCGCCUGACGCCCGAUGAGCCCGUUCGCAGCACCACUGAGAUCCAGGCCGUUUCCCACGUCAUCGAGGAGAACGGCGUGCGCCUGCGCCUGAACAUUGUCGACACCCCCGGCUACGGUGACCUGAUUAACAACGACCGCUGCUGGGACCCGAUUGUCAAGUACAUCAAGGAUCAGCACUCGGCCUACCUCCGCAAGGAGUUGACCGCCGAGCGCGAGCGCUACCUCAAGGACACGCGCAUCCACUGCUGCUUGUUCUUCAUCCAGCCCUCUGGCCACGCGCUCAAGCCCAUUGACAUUGUCGUGCUCAAGAAGCUGAGCGAAUUUGUCAAUGUCGUCCCCGUCAUUGCCAAGAGCGACUCCCUCACCCUCGAGGAGCGUGCCGAGUUCAAGGCCAGAAUCAAGGAGGAGUUUGCUUUCCACAACCUUAAGAUGUACCCCUACGACAACGACGAGGACGACCCGGAGGAGGUUGCCCUGAAGAACACUAUCAAGGAGCAAAUCCCCUUCGCCGUCGUUGGUUCUGAGAAGACCAUUGUUGUUGGUGGCCAGCAGGUUCGCGGUCGCCAGAACCGCUGGGGCGUUAUUAACGUCGAGGACGAGAGCCACUGCGAAUUCGUCGCCCUGCGCAACUUCCUCACCCGCACCCACUUGCAGGACCUGAUCGAGACGACGUCCCAGAUCCACUACGAGUCUUUCCGUGCGAAGCAACUGCUUGCGCUCAAGGAGUCUAGUGCUGUUGGUCACGGCGGUGGCUCGAGGCCCAUCUCCCCCGCUGCCGACCGGGAGCUGAGCAGGAAUUCGCAGAGGAUGACCAUGAACGGCUACUAA